AUCUAAAAUUAUUCUUCUCAGUAUCGUCUAACAUGAUAAGCUAUAUUGAAGGAGAUCAAUGAAUUCGUUGUAUUCUGCCCAACAUGUUUGUUGUUUGGCCCUCAUGCUCAGUUCACCUCGUGAGAGUUCAAAGGUCAAGGCUCUUCCUCCUGUAGUUCUGAUCUCCAGUUCCCAUGGUUUAGCUACAUUAAAUCUUAAAAUCAUGGCUCCAACCGACUCUAUCAACUUCGAGGCGCUAAAUAUCCUCCUGAAGGCCAGCUCUAAAGAGCAAGUGGUGGCGCUGUGUCAGCAGGCGUCAACACUGGGGCAGGCGAAGUCCGUCCCAACUCAGACAGUCGCUCAGGUAUCAGCAGCCUUGUCUGUCGAGCCAACAGAAGCCAGGCAGCUGACCCAGGCCCUGCAGGCCGUCAUCUCCACCUGUCUGCAGCAGGACCUGUCUGACUCCGCCUCCAUCCAGCAGGUCUUCCCUGCAGACUUCCACCAGAACCUGAGGAACCUCCUGGUGGGGGUGCUGGCAGAACACCUGUCCCAGUGGAAAACACAGGCCAUCAACAGCCAGGUGUCCCUGCCGCAGCUGGUGGACUUCGACUGGCGGGUGGACAUGAAGACGUCGGCAGACAGCGUGAGCCACAUGUCGGCUGCCACCUGCCUGUUACAGCUGAAAGUGCAGAAUGUGCCGAAGCACGUUGACAGGGUGCCCCCAGUUGACGUGGUGAAUGUUGAACUGAGUAAAGAGACGCUGGACACCAUGUUGGAUGGACUGGGCAAAAUCAGGGACCAACUGUCCUCAGUGGCUGCAAAACCAUGAUGUACAACUAGCCAUUGCACUUGUAGUAAAUCUAUAGUUGAAUGGACCAAAACGUAAUUUCAAAAAUUUGUAAUAGAACUUAUAAUGAUUUCUUCA